AUGGAUGAUGAUUAUGAAAAGCCUGACAUUAACUUAGCAACCAUCUCAUGUCACCAUGGUGAUAAUAUUAAGAGAGUUUUAGAAAACGAAUGUAGCUGGCAUCAGACAAGAUCUGAUGGGAUCUGUGUGACGGAUCGCCCCCUACAGAAAGACGAUAGUUACGAGGUUACCAUACAAGGGACUGGUCGUCUGUUACUAGGCAUCACGAGUGAUCUCCCUUGUAUUCAGUCCAUCAAAGACGGCCAGCAGCCAUCAGUAUCAGUAGGAAACUGGUAUCAAAUACGUCUGAAGGAAGAAACAGAGAAGAUGACUGUGGAAUAUCUGGACAAGAAGAUCUGGAUAUACGAAUCUUCUAAAGAGCGAAAAUCAGAUCAUGGAAUUCACAUUCGAGACAAAAAAAAACAUUUUAUCAUUGUUAAUGCUUUGUUUGGUGAAAUGGGCAUUGAAAUUAUUCCUAAAGAUGUGAAAAAAUCCAAGAGUAAAGUUAAACGCAUGAAAUGGUGGAAUACAUGUGGAUUAAACGUACUGAUACAGGACAGUUCUACUUGGUUCAAGCUACGCUAUUUUAAUCCUCUAGGUUUCUGUGCCUUAGAGCAGCCUAUAAAGACUGGUAGAGGUUUCUCUGUGAGGGUUCUAGAAACAUUUGGAUCUUGGCAUUAUUUAUACCUUGGUUUAUCAAACAAAUCACCCCAGGCAGUCCAAUUGAACGAUUGGAGGAUUUUUUACAAUAAUCAACAUGUGGAGGGCAAAACACCAUGGCCGAAACACGUUGUUCCUUUCUUAAAAUUGAAAUGCCCAAAACAACUAAUGUAUUUUGUAUGGAAGGGAGGUAACUCCAUAUUUUAUCAAGAAGGUAAUGGGGAAGCUCAAGAAGUGAAUUUUGAAGGACUUGAUACUCUUCGUCCAAUAUAUGUGUUUUUGGAACCGUUCCGAGAACACAUCCAAGUUGACAGUCGAAAUAUUCUAUUGGAAGUCUCAAAUUGUAUGCAAACUCUCGAUUCACCAAUAGAAAGUGAUCCAGAUCAAACAUGUAUGAAAGAAGUAACAGAAUCUUCAGUGAGCAACAUAUACGAUAGUGUAUCAGAUGGACCCCCUGCCUUCAGAUACGGAGCUACUGCAUACCUCGAGGAGAGGUCGGAUCCUCAGGAAAUUUCUUUUGAUUCUUUUCAACUAAGCUCUGACCAACAAAACAAUAGGGAUAGCAGCUAUCAUGGGACUACGGCUUGUGGCUUUCAACUAAGCUCUGAUCCACAACACAAUAGGGAUAGCGGCCAUCAUUGGAGCUCUGAUCCACAAAAACCUAGCCCUUGUGGCUAUCAACUAAGCUCUGAUCCACAACACAAUAGGGCUUGGGGCCAUCAUUGGAGCUCUGACCCACAAAAACCUAGCGCUUGCGGCUUUCAACUAAGCUCUGAUCCACAACACAAUAGGGCUUGGGGCCAUCAUUGGAGUUCUGACCCACAAAAAAAUAAGGCUGGGGCCCUUCAACACGACCCUGAACCGGAGCACAGAAAGAUUGAUUUUUUAAGACAAAACCGUCAGCCACAGGAAAAUACAUCAUCUUUAUCCUCUCAACCAACUUAUUCAGAAAGAUUUAGGGACAAGUCUUUACCAAAUACAGAGAAUAACAGACCUCUUGCUACUCCACCAACGCAUAUAGCUUCUUCUAAAUCUCUUGACCCAGAAAACAACCUUGAGUGCCGACCACUUCCUCAAAGAGAUGAUCAAAAUGUCUGUUCACCAUCCUCGAUCAGUAUAGCAAAUGAAAACGCUAGCCUUUCCAAAAAAAAUGUGUUGCUUGAAAUGUUAAAAGAAAAUAAAAAGGCGUCGAUAGACAUACCAAAUAAUGACUUAAGCAAUGAGAAACAAAAUAAAUGUGUUAGAUCAGAAGCAGAAAUUCCUGUCGUUAAACAUGGUGGACAAGAUAGUAAAAACAAGUCACAAUCUCCUGGCGUUGCUGGCACCAAUUCCACCAGUAGUCCAAGAAAUAAAAUACCAGCUAUUCCUGAAGAUAAAGUGGAAAAUCAUCCUCAACAAAACCCAAACCAUAUAUCCAAAGAGAAUUAUGAGAUGAAGAAUUUUGUCCGUUCUGCCACCAUGCCUACAUUUCCUAAUAAAUCCAGCCAUUGUUGUAUUCAUUACAUGCGUGCACAAUCAGAACAUUUGAGCUGCACACAUCAAUCCAAUACAAGUGACCAUCGUGACUUAAGGCAACCACAAUCCAGAACAAUACAGGUACAAACUGAUGAUGAAUUCAGUGAAGGUGAUACAAAAACUGUACGAUCAGACUCAACACCAACACAAACAAUCAGUUCCGAUCAGGAAGAACAGAAUUGGAAAAAUUGUUUACAAGAAAAUUACACGUUUUUUAUUGAUCGCGUGGAAUCUGUGACAUUGGCUGAUAAAUUGUUUGAAAAGAAAUGUCUUUCAGAUACAGAGUAUGAGAACAUACUGAAAGAAUCAGCUCGAAACAGCCAGUGUCGUGAAAUCAUCAAGAUUUUAAAGAGGAAACCUCAUCUGAAGUAUGACAUUCUCCAUUGUUUAGAUUUAACAGAGCAAAGACAUAUAGCUGAUAGACUUCGUAAACAUUUAUCUCAAUAA